UUCGUAUGCCCAUCAAAGAGUUCGUCAAUUCCGAACAAUUGAUACGUUCACAGUAAACUUUUGUUAGUUCGAAGCUAGAAAAAUGCUGAGUCGAAAUUCUUUUACACUGCUACUCAUUGGCUUAAGCGUAUCCAUGUUCUUAAUCGUGGAUGUGAGUGGAGAAGCACCACCCGGAAAGAAGAAUAAUGGUCAUCAUGAUGCAAUCAAACCGUCUGUUUCAGUAAAAGACCGAAUCAAAGCAAUUAACAGUCUCGCAAAGAAAAACGGUGAGGAGAAUGCAGAAUACCCUGAAGUAAACACAAAAGACCUUAGAGGAGAUACACCUUUGCAUAAAGCUGCUGAGUCUGGUGAUUUGGCAGAAGUUAAAAAACUCAUCAGUAAGAAAGCCGAAGUUGAUGUUAGAAAUGGUUUCGGAACAACGCCUCUCUCUUAUGCUGCUAUGGAAGGACAUAAAAACAUCGUUGAAUUUCUCCUCAGUAAAAAAGCAAAAGUUGAUAAUCCAAAUAAUUGGAAAAUGACAGCUCUUCAUUUUGCUGCUAGAGAUGGUCGCCAGGAUGUUGCUGACGUUCUCAUCAGCAAAGGGUCCAACGUUUAUCUUAAAGAUAGUAUGAAUCGGACACCUCUUGAUUUAGCU